AUGGAGCUGCGCCUCGUGCGCUUGCUGGUCCUGUUGGGUGUCGCCGCCUUCUCGCCGCCGCCCGCGACGUUCGCGCGCGUCGCGGGAUCGCGCCCGCGGGCCAGCGCCGACGACGACGUCGACGCGCCGGAGUCCUACGAGGCGGUCUGCGCCGGCCCGCCCGCGCGCCUCGACGCCUUCCUCGCGGCGCAAUUCCCGGAGCGCACGCGGCGCGAGUGGGCCGAGGCCAUCGGCGGCGGCGCCGUGCGCGUCAACGGCGCCGUCGCGACGCGCAAGUCCGCGAGCGUCGCGGCCGGCGACGGCGUCGCGGCGGACGCGUUCGCGGCGGAGCCCGCGGGCGACAAGCCCGUCGAGGCCGAGGACCUGCCGCUGGACGUGCUCGUCGACGACGCGAGCUUCCUGGUCGUGAACAAGGCCGCGGGCAUGGUGACGCACCCGGCGCCGGGCGCGCGGCGGGGCACGCUGGCGAACGCCGUCGCGCAUCGCUGCGGCGGCGGCGGCGUCUUCGCCGAGGCGACGCCGCGGCCGGGCAUCGUGCACCGCCUGGACCGCUACACGUCCGGCGCCAUCGUCGUCGCCCGGAACGCGCGCGCGACGCGGCGGCUCCAGGCCCAGUUCAAGGCGCGGACCGUCGCCAAAUUGUACCUCGCGGUGCUCGCGCGGCCGCCGCCGCCGCCGCCCGACGGCGCCGACGAGCUCGUCAUCGACGCGCCCAUCGGCCGCCACCCGGCGCGCCGCGAGAAGAUGGCCGUCGUACCGGGCGGCCGGCCCGCCGUGAGCCGCGUCCGCGUCCUCGCGUCCGACGGCCGCCGCUGCGUCGCGCAGGUCGCCAUCGACACGGGCCGCACGCACCAGAUCCGCGUCCACCUCGCCCACGUCGGGAGCCCCGUGCUCGGCGACCCCGUCUACGGCGACGCCCAGGCCAACGCGCGCGCCGCGGCGGCCUUCGCCGCGAACCGCACGCUGCUGCACGCGUGGCGCCUCGCGUUCGACCACCCGGACUCGGGCGCGCGCGUCGAGGUCACGGCGCCGCCGCCGCCGGACCUCGCCCGCGCCACGGCCGUCGUCGCCGGGCGCGACGGGUAA